AUGAUGAGUGAUGCAAGUGACAUGCUCGCUGCGGCUCUGGAGCAGAUGGAUGGCAUUAUAGCAGGUUCAAAGGCGCUGGAGUACUCCAAUAGCAUCUUUGACUGCCAGUCCCCCACCUCUCCCUUCAUGGGUGGCCUGCGGGUACUGCACCUGGUGGAGGACUUGCGAGGCUUGCUGGAGGUGAUGGAAAUAGACGAGAGAGAGGGGCUGCGCUGCCAGGUUCCAGACUCCACGGCGGAGGCCCUGAUCGAAUGGCUCCAAAGUCAAAUGGUAUGGGAGUUUGGGACUUCGGAACUUAAAGGUCAGUUGAAUGAAGAUGGAAGUGAGGAUCCAUCUGGUGAUGGAGUGUCUGA